AGUGCUGAUAUCGGGUUUCGAAUUGCAGACCGUUUGGAAAAGAAAAUGUGUGCAAAGGAUCUUUUGUUGCUAAUAUUGGCAUCGCGUGGUGCUCUUGCUUCCCGAGCUCUGGAACAAUUAGGUUUGCGUGCCUUCAUGUAUGGGGAGCUUGUCAUUGCAAUAGUAGAGGGACUCAAGGAGCUGCCGCCACCAUCGCCUUCCAAACCGCGGUCCUCGGUGCUGAAUGUAAACCAUCAAGGGCACCCCACUCGCACCGUUGGAUUAGGGAAACUGGAAGGCAGUGUCACGAGGAUUCCGAUGGAGUACAGGGUGCUGUACAUACCGAAGGUUGAAAACUUUCCGCUGGUGGACGGCUUUUUCUUUGUUGAUUCGCCGCGGAGGACGCUGGUUGGGCUGCAGAUGACGACGGCGGGUGCGCACCACACCAUACCCAGCACUGUGAAGCUGUUCAAUGAACGCCUGGCGGCAUAUUUUGAAGGAUGGGAGGAAUUAUCCCGAGACCUGUCGUGGGAGAUGAUUUAUAUACAACACGCAUUGAGCAAAGAAAUAUCAAAAUGGCGGAGAUGUGAUCCCGUCAAUACCGAAAAUUUGAGCGACGCUGAAAAAGAGAUUGUGGCGUUCUGGAACGGAAAGGUACACCAAUACCAGUUUGUGUUGACACCUGAUUUUGUAAAUAAAAUCCGAGAAAUGAGAAUACAACAAUCUUGGGGGAAAAGGGAUAGGGAAGAAAGUUAG